GCCCGCGCAGACUUCGAACACUUCUGAUUUCCGGAGAUUGAGUUUCAAUCACUUCAGCUGCCCCAAGACUUGGUCGCUUCCCUCAUAUACCCAUUCACUGCCCUUAACCCAAAGCUUUCGGCUUCGCCAAAUCCAAAGAGCCCGAGCAGGAUUCCCUCCCCUACCAGCAGCUACCUCGGGACCAGAGGGUUAUUCGACCCCACAACAAGGGUGCAUCCUCAACUACCCUUUCUACCGUAUGUCGCGUUAUUGCCUUGUUUCGGGGUUUGGGAAAAGAUUUUAGGCUGCCUCAAUAUAGGCUAUCAAACCCGUUUCGGAUACGAUAGCGACAUCAUAUUACUUUUUCUACCUGGCCUUUGAAGACAGCCCGUGAAGUGAGCUGAAUACCUGAUGGAUCGGUGGGCUCCCCCUCUCUUCAAUGUCCGCAAUUUCAGAAAUCACAAGCAGUCGGCUAAUAAUCUUUUCAGAAAAAUGCAAGGCUAUGUUAGGGGAGACUUUAGUGGAAACUCAGGGGAUCAUAAUGUUAUUGGUAGUUUUAAUAAUAAUAACGCAUACACGAGUUACCUGAACAGUGCUUCCAAUCACGGAACGAUAUAUCAAGGAUGUGUAUUUGGAGCUGAGGGGAGAGGUAUUACCGAUUUUCCCGCGAGAUUUCAGACAAGGAACUAAUGUGUUAUCGCAAGUGGAAGGAGAAACUGGGCCUUACCGGAUAAUCCCCUAUCGCAGAAAUAGAAAGUUUACUGGCCGCAAAGAUCUCCUUGAGUCGAUAAAGAGGAUAUACAGCCAUAACGAUCAUACCCGGAUCGCACUUCAUGGGCUCGGCGGUUCUGGGUAUGCAUUCCAUUAUCGUUACUGUUAUCUCGGAGGAUUACUAACAUUGUUUAGAAAAACUCAGAUCGCCCUGGAGUAUGCCUAUCAGCGUGCAAGCGAGGUCGAUUGUCAUGUUUUCUGGGUGCAGGGGAGUGGGGUAUUGAAAUUUAUUGAGGGUUUCAAAGCCAUUGCACAGCAUGUUCGAAUUCCCCUAACCAGCGCUGAGAUGGAGCAAGAGGAAUUAUUAACUAGUAUAAAGAGGUGGUUUGAAGGUCCGGAUGGUGGUGAUUGGAUACUAGUUAUCGACAAUGCCGACAACGAGGAGGACUUUAUUGGCAAUAGCGGUCCCAUCUCCAAAUUUGUGCCACAAGGCCCGAGGGGUACCCUUAUAAUCACCACCAGAUCAGUACGGGUUGCAUCUUGGCAGGAUUGCGAAAGGAUUGGCGUAGGGGAAAUGGGGGAGGAUGAAGCCACGGCAUUGUUUUCGAAACGCUAUGGUAACGGGAACAGAUUGGGAGAGGAAGAGAAAGAGGCCACUGCAUUGAUCUUGGGCUCCCUGCACCACAUCCCGCUGGCAAUUGUGGGAGCGGCAGCCUUCAUGACAGAAACCCAGACACCGCCCUCUGAAUACUGGACCAUUUUCCGGGGAAGCGACGAACAAGCAAAGAGACUCCUUUUGCAACCGUUUUGUGAGAUACAACGAGAGGCGGACAUGACCGAAAGUAUCCUAGCCACGUACUUUAUCACCUUUGACCGAAUCACAAGGCAGAUGCCCCUAGCGGCGGAGCUCCUGCGUUUGAUUGCCUUCCUCGAUCGUCAGAACAUCCCUGAGGAGCUAUUGAAUCAAAGUGGUUUGGGAGGGGCGGAUGAUCCAAUUGAGUUUCGUCAGGCCACUGGAAAACUUUUGGGAUUUUCACUAGUUACGACUGUCAAAACUCAGGACAAGACAUUUUACGAGCUUCACCGGUUGGUCCAACUGUCUUUGCAAGUGUACUUACCAACAGAGGAGUUGAAUCGAUGGAGGGCUACUGCGCUCGGAGUUGUUUCAAGGCACUUUCCUUGCCAUUGGAACACGUGGAGAGACGUUAGUUCUGCAUACAUUCCACAUGCGCUUGCUGUAACCAAAGGUUCAACGGAUCCUACCGCCGAAGAGCUUUGUUUUCGCCUGGGAUGGUACUUUAUGAAUAUGGGUUUCUACAACGACGCAGAAGCUCAAUUGCGUCGAUGUAUAGCACUGCGGGAAGAGAAUAAAGAGUACGACUGGGAUGGGGAAGGUCCGAGGAGGGUCACACUCCUAGGGAGGGUAAGCGCAUAUCAGGGAAAAGCAGAUGUGGCCGAGAAGAUACUUCGGGGUUUAUUGGAGGAUAUUGAGGGAUCAUUGCGCUCAAAUAAUUCUAUCGUCCUGGAGGCUUUCGACUGCCUGGCUCUGGCGCUUCGGUAUCGUGGAAAGUACGAUGAAUCAGAAGCGGUGAAUCGGCGUGCACUGGAGGGGCGCGAGAAGAUUCGGGGACCAGACCACCCGGACACCCUAACGAGUGUCAACAACCUAGCCAUUGUGCUACGAUCCCAAGGAAAGUACGAUGAAUCAGAGGCGAUGAAUCGGCGU